CUCCUUUUUUGGAACCUAAUGGGGUUCUUGUUUGGUGAGCUACAAUCCAGCUGUCAUCUAUUUGCCUUGCCUUGGAUCGUGGAGUGCUCGUUGCUGUCUUCUCGGAUGCUCUCCUAUCUCCUUUUUUGCUUUCUGGGUAUUUAUUUACCAUGAAAAACGCUCAAACGUAGCUGCUGUUUUCUCAGUUUCAGGCGGAAUUCAGAACAGUCUGUUUUUCUAGGGCCAUGAAGUGUUUUAAUUUCUCUAGUAAAGAGAAGAAUGAAGAACCAAAGACUACAAAAUCCAUUUCUGCCCUGUCCUCCACUACCACUUCAGUUUCCAUGUCAACUGACCAAGAUAUGAAGAGGUCUGGAUCUGAGUUCAAUUCUCAGAAUGUCUCAGAUUUUAGCACAGAAUCCUCCACAAAGAACUCAUUUGCUGCUUUGUCUCAAAGGCACACUAAUCUCAGAGUGUUCACAUUCACAGAGUUGAAGGCAGCUACAAAGAAUUUCAGCCACUCUGUAAUGAUUGGAGAAGGUGGAUUUGGUGGUGUAUACAGGGGUGUAAUCCGGAGCACAGGGGAUCCAAAAGAGAAAAUAGACAUUGCUGUUAAACAGCUGAGCAGAAGAGGGUUGCAGGGUCAUAAAGAAUGGGUGACGGAAGUAAAUGUUUUAGGAGUUGUUGAACACCCAAAUCUUGUCAAAUUAGUGGGUUACUGUGCUGAAGAUGAUGAAAGAGGAAUCCAGAGGCUGCUGAUAUAUGAAUAUAUGCCCAACAGGAGUGUGCAGGAUCACUUAUCAAGUCGGUCUCAAUCUCUUCCUUGGACCACAAGAAUGAAAAUUGCCCAAGAUGCUGCCCGAGGCCUAGCAUUCCUCCAUGAGGGAAUGGAUUUUCAGAUUAUUUUCAGAGAUUUUAAGCCCUCAAAUAUACUUUUGGAUGAACAAUGGAAUGCAAAAUUGUCAGACUUUGGGUUAGCCAGGCUUGGGCCUUCAGAUGGCUUAAGUCAUAUCUCCACUGCGGUUGUUGGAACCAUUGGAUAUGCAGCACCGGAAUACAUUCAAACUGGGCGUCUCACAUCAAAAAGUGAUGUAUGGAGCUAUGGAGUUUUCCUCUAUGAACUCAUAACUGGUAGGCGCCCUUUGGAUCAAAGCCGCCCCAAGAGUGAGCAAAAACUCUUGGAAUGGAUUGGGCCACACCUAUCUGAUAUAAAGAAGUUCAGGCUGAUCUUAGACCCAAGGCUUGAAGGGAAGUACUGUCUCAAGUCUGCACACAAACUUGCAAUGAUUGCAAACAAGUGCUUGGUGCGACAAGCAAAAGCACGCCCCAAAAUGAGUGAAGUCCUCGAGAUGGUGAACCAAAUCAUGGAUGCCACAGAUACAGGCAGCCCCUUGCCCCCCAUGAAGAGUUUGAAACUGAAAGAUGUUACUAAAGUGUCCAAAAGCAAGCAGUUAAAAAGAAGGUUCAUGGAUCUGAUAACUAGAGAGAAAGGAUGCUUGAUGUUGAGAUGAAGCUUGUAAAGACAUGUUAAGCCAUGAGUCAAACAAAGAGAAAUGGCAGAUUGGUCUUGUUAAUUGGAUUGAGUAGCACGUGUAAGUUGAUCUUUACCCUUGAAGGUGUAUUGCAUAAUACAAUUGUAAAGUUGAGUUUAGUUUGAGUUCAGUUCAGUUGAUGCUUUCCAACUAUAGACCAUAUGAUAGAACAUAGGAGACUGAACGAGGAUUAAGUAAGGAAGAUCACCAAGUGUGUAAAAUUAUCCAUUAAAUAAAAGAUAUUCUUGUUG